UUGACAGACUGUGAUGCACAACAUAUAGAGUACACAUUCCAUGAUGUACGUUGUUGGUGAAAGGGCUGGUGUAAAGUAAGAGACUAUUAUAUUUUUACUGAACUUUUUGUACAUUUGAAUUUGUUAUUUCGACAGACUUGUUUUUCUCUGGAACUCUGAAUUGGAUUAACAUUUUUGAAGGUCAUAUUGCUUGGUUAACAACAAGAUUUUCUGAGACUGAGAAAUAUUUCAAGCUACUAAGGAAAUAGUGACUCCGAGCUGUUGCCUAGCAACACUACAUUCAACUUUGUUGCAAUGCCUGUGAUUGUACUCGAGGCCCGAGACUUUGCAAGUCCUCUUUUUUUGGUGAGGUCAUGGGAGGUGUUAUCCAGUUGUACUACCUUCAGUCUGGUGAGUGCACUGGAGUCAUCAGAGCUAACCAAGAAUCAGCUGCAUCUUCAACACCUCCCCACCAUCAAGACCUUCUGCAUAUUUACCUGGUGCUUCUUCUUCACACUUACCCUGCUGAUCCACAUUCUCAGCACCAUCCAGUUUCACAGCCUCCUUCCAGUGUCCUGGAAAAACCUGACUGUGACUGUGGCAGUUUUGGGAUCGCUGAUGUGUCUCAGUGCCUUUAUAGUUUUUCCAACGCUCAUUAUGGAGCACCAAACGGCCUGGCCACGUCCUGUGGCAGCCGUCAUAACAUCAGGCCUCACUUUUCUCGCCUAUAUCUUGGAAGCCUACUUUCUAUGCUCCCAGGUCCAGGAACAAAGAGGUUUCUUGGGCAGUCUACCUGGUCUUUUCAAGAUUGUGGAACUUUGGGGUGGUUUUCAGAUGAUUCCUUUGUUUGUGGAAGCAGAUUAUGGCCCAAAUCGCUGGCAGCGGUGGAUGUCUGGAACGUCAUAUGGUGUCUGUAUCCUCAUGUCUCUUGUCACCCUGGUAAUAAUAUUGGGUGAAUUUGCAGGAAAAUGUCAUGUUCCUUUUGACAGAUUAAUGGUUGUCUUCACGAUAAUUGGACUGCUGCUAUACAUGGUAGCUACUGUGAUUUGUUUUGACAAGAUACUACACCUAAAAAACAGUGCCAACAAAAGUUCAGAGUUAGUUAUAAUGGAGAUAGUUGUUGCUUGUAUCGCACUGGUAUGUUAUACCGUGGACCUUACAUUCUCUAUUAAAACUUUGUGUGACAGGCUUCACACAUGAAUGAACUCUUUAUGUUAAAUGUAAGUGGUAAUAUAUUUUUCUGAGUGUUAAAAAUGUUGAUCUGAAAUGAUUUUGUAACCUUUAACAUGUUUAUUUAAUGUAACAAGGACUUAAGUUGUAUUCUAGUAAAAUUUCACCUUGCACCUUGA